UGUUUUUGUAUUAUGUGCCGCUUUAGCUGAAAUUACAGCUGCUUUUUGUAUUGUGGUUGCCCAUCAAAAUGAGUGACAUGGUCAAGAACACUGAUAAAGAAGAAGCAGAUCAUAUAUCUGAUGCAUUGUUUCUUUGUCCCAGAUCCAGAAAGGUGCCUUGGCUAUUAUGCCAAUGAAGGGCCUUGAGGAUACCAUAUUCUGCAUAGAAACUAUAAGCUUCAGUAAAAAGCAUGAACAAACAGUGGAGAAUGAAGCAAGCUCCCAGCAGAUAAUGAAAGAAUGGAAGUGAAAAAGCAUGUAAUCUUUGUUGCCCGUGGUGCAAUACUUUUCUGAUCGUCUUAAGAUUCAUUAACUUGAGUGAAAUUCAAGGGACAAACACAAGAUCGUCUUAGAUUAUCGUGUUGGACUGGAUAUGUGGGCAAUUGUGGGGAGCCAUGCUAUAACCAGCAACUCCAAGUCUCGAACCACAGGGUUCCAUGAUUCUCAAGAAAGAACAGAAAAAAAGAGAGUUCAAAAUUACCGGGUAAGGAGAAUUCACAGGUACCCUAAAACCCUCAAUAAUUCACAACCACCAGAAAGAAAAAAGGGAAAAAACAGAGUGGGUCCACAUGUCAUGACCGAAAGGCAUGAGCCUACGUUUCUAAUCUCCAAGAAUUUGCUUAGUGAAGAACUGGACAAGGUGAAGAAACCUAAUAAGAUAGGCUUUCCUUUCCCUUCUAAGGACAAAAACAAUCGAAGCUGAAAGGAAAUGAGUGAAAUUAAAGAAACCCAAUAAGUAGGCUUUCCUUCCCUUCUGAAGACAAAAACAAUAGUAGCUGAAAGGAAAUGAGCGAAAUUGCAGCAAGGUCCUUUGUCCCAUGCCAGCACCAGGUGCUUGUUGGACAUCUUAGCUCAAGGAAAUGGAAAGAGAAGCUGAAUAGGCAUGAGCGGCAAUGCCAUGCACUGCCUGAACCAAAAUCAAAGCAGCCUUUGAUCAAGAAUCAGAUGGCAAUGAAUUCUGCCACCUACUCUUCAAGAAUGACUACUGAUAUCCCUCUCUAUGAGUCUCCAGGGGCUUCCUUUGAUGGAUAUUUGGAGGAUAAGCCUAGAGUUUUCAGCGCCAUAUUUCCUGACAAAAGGAGGAGCCAACAACUUAAUGAGGAAGAAUGGAGAAUUCAGAUGUUGCCCAUAAAUUUCUUGUUCCUCACUGUCUGGCCAGUAGUUGAGAUGAGAUUGAGGUGUAAAUCAGGAGGGAGAGAUUACCCACCGGGAGUUCCUGAAGAGAUCACGACGGUUCUCGAGCUUGAUGUUAUCAGGUGGAAGCUUCAAGGGCUUGAUAAUAUUUUUCAACCAUCUCAAUUUUCUCUUGGUGUAAAAGGAGCAUUAUACCCUGAUAGACAGGGAGUACGAACAAGGCUCAAAGGUCAACUAGAGAUGAAUAUAAGCUUCGUUCUUCCUCCUGUGCUUGCUAUGGUUCCUGAAAAUGUUCGCCAGCCUGUUGCAGAGUCGGUAUUAAGGGGACUGGUGGAGAACAUGAAGCUUAGAGUUAAUAGUAGCUUGCUUGCUGAUUAUAGCAAAUUCAAGCAGGAGACACCUAAGAAUCGGGUUUGAUAGAUUCAAACCUUUUGAACUUACUGUUCAAUAUAAAAGUUGCAUCUUGCUAGGCGCAUUCAUUCGAAGGUCAAAGCAAAUGGAAAAGAAAGGCCAGAUGGAGGACAACUGACUGAGUUGUAGAACUUUUUUUAUCCGGAUAGCACAUGUUUCUACUUUUGUCAAUGUUGGAGUUGAAACCAGGAUUGACUGGAGACAUGAAUACGAUGAGGGGAAUAACUGUAGUUUGACAUGAUGUUAGCAACUUUGAUUUAUUUUGUUUCUUUUUUGAUGAAUGAUAACCUUGGCAGGCGCUGCA